AUUAAACUUAUACAAGAAAGUGGGCAAAAAAUUUGAUGGUACCAAUAUUUUCAAUAGACUAUCGAAAAGCUCCAGAAAACCCAUAUCCAUUUGGCUUAGAUGAUUGCUGGUAAGCUUACAUGUUUAUAAUCAACUAUAUUGAUCGUUAUUUUAAUAUCAAACCAAACAAAGUAGUGUUAGUCGGUGAUAGUGCAGGAGGUAAUUUAGUGGCUGCACUAACAGUUUAAAUUAUUAAAUCUGGUGCAAGAAUUCCUGAUGGAAUUUUAAUGGCUUACCCAGCAUUAUUAUUAGAUAUUAAAUAAUUCACUCCAAGUUUAUUGAUUUCUUUAAAUGAUCCAUUAUUGCAUCAUACUGUUUUGAAGUUAUGCAUUUCUUCAUAUGUUCCAUAACAAUUUGAUGCAAAAUUAGAUCCAUUAAUUUCACCAUCAAUUGCAAGCGAUGACAUUUUGAGUAGAUUUCCACCAACAAGGAUUGUUUUAGGUACUAACGACCCAUUGCAUGAUGAGAGUUUUAGAUUAGCCAAUAAUUUAUUUAGAUUGGGAAGAGAUAUUAAAAUUACUGAAUAUAAAUGGAUGCCUCAUGGAUUUCUAUAAUUUGAUGUUAUAUAAGGCAUGAAGGAAGCCUGUUAAACAGUUCUUGAUACAUAAAAUAUUAUUCAAAGUCUACUUACAUCAUGA